GUCGGAGCGCGUCACGUGAUUUUCUCGUCACGCAUGUGGCUUUCUAUGGCGCGGGAUGGAGAGACACACAUGAAGUUUUCACAGUUUAGCCUAACGAAGCUUUAUGAUGAAAACACAUGUAAAUAAACACAUCUGUGUUAAAUAUAUGAACAUUUAUAAUCUCAGUUUGAUUUCCGAGCUGCAGCAUGACGCAAAAACAGAGUUUAGAGGUUCGGUUCGUGUCUGAUGACGAUGUUUUGGAUCAUAUUGUUGAGAAGCAGCAAGAUGUUAAAGCAGCUCAUGGGAGUGUACAGACCCUGGUCACAUUGAAGACCCCUCAAAAGUCAAAGGCAUCUGCUGAAGAAGAAGAAGAAGGGGAGGAUGAAGAUGCAUUAAAUGAGCAGAAAUAUGUGGAAGCGCUCUGUACACAAGAUGAGAGUGAAAACGGAGCGACGGCCGCUGGAUCGUCCGUCUUUACCUUUCAGACCAUCAAACGAGGCAAUAAGAUGUCACAGAUGGCCUCUGAAUGGGCUCGAACGCCUGGGAAAAGUGUGACUUUCUGCACAUCUGAGGACACAAAUGAGGAAUCUACGAGUCCGACUCGUGGCGCAAAAAAAUCAGGAAAUCAAAACAAGACUCCUCAGAAGGGAAAGAAAGGGCAGUUCAUCUCAACAACACCACACCGAUUGCGAAAACGACUGUCAGCACCUGCACUGCGCUCAGAUAGUGAAAGUGAUUUCUCACCGUCAAACUCUGAGGAAGAUGAAGCCGAAGAACUGGAGGCAAAACAAGAAGUCCAGCCCAAAACGCCCAGCAAAAGCACUGCGGGCACAUCAGCUAAUGCUCUCUAUAAAACACCCGGGAAAAAGGGCAAGAAAAUACCCGAGUCUGAUCUGGUUGGUGAAUAUUUUGAAGCUCACAGCAGCUCUAAAGUGCUCACGUCUGAUCGGACCCUUCAGAAACUCCAGACACCCAAACUGGACCGGGAAACUCUGCUCAGCCUCUUGGAUCAAAAGCCUCAGUGUUUCGCAGAAGAAAUUAAAGAGUUAAAUGAGAAGCACGAGGAGAACUUUAACAGAUGGAUGCUGCAGUUACACAUGGGCUUUAAUAUCUUAAUCUUUGGUUUGGGCUCAAAGAAGCUUUUGCUGGAGAAGUUUCGCACCACUAUGCUGUCAGACUCGGAUCAUCUGGUGGUCAACGGCUUUUUUCCCAGCAUGACCCUUAAAUCGAUAUUAAACUGUAUUACUGGAGAUAUCCUGGAGCAUGAUGGGACGUUUCGUAACCCGAGCGACCAGAUCGACUUCAUUGUGAAAACUCUUAAAGAAGACCCGGACAAUCACGUCUUUCUCAUAAUCAAUAACAUCGAUGGAGCUAUGCUGAGGGGUGACCGGAACCAGCAGGCACUGGGACAGCUGGCAUCCAUUCCCAACAUGCACCUGGUGGCCUCCAUCGACCACAUAAACGCUCCACUCAUUUGGGAUCAAGCGAAGAUGAGCUUGUUUAACUGGCUGUGGUAUGAGACCACCACAUAUCUGCCCUACACUGAAGAGACCUCAUAUGAAAAUUCACUGCUCGUGCAGCAGACAGGAGCGCUCGCACUGAGCUCACUGACACAUGUGCUGCGCAGCCUCACACCUAAUGCCAGGGGGAUCUUCAGAUUACUGGCAGAGUUUCAGUUGGAGAACAAAGAUAAUCCUGCAUAUACAGGUUUGUCCUUCCAGGAUUUUUACCAGCGCUGUCGUGAAUCUUUCCUGGUCAACAGUGACAUCACGCUGCGCACGCAGCUCACUGAAUUCAAAGAUCACAAACUGAUUCGAACCAAGAAGGGUGCAGACGGGGUUGAAUAUCUGCUCAUCCCUGUUGACAACGGGACACUCACAGAUUUCCUGGAGAGGAACGAUGCAGACUGAGAUCUUCAUAUUCAUCUUCUGUGUUUUAUAGAUGUUGUUCUUCACAUGGAGAAAACUUUAACUAUAGUGUUAAACUAUAAACAGCACUUCACUCAUAUCCUGUUGACUUGAUGUACAUGAAACUGUAAA